GGGGCCAGCCCGAGAACAACGGGGAGACAGGCCAGGGCAAGGGGACUGAGACCCAGGUGAAGAAACCGAAUCUCGGGCCAAGCCACUGGCCUUGGGUCACCUAGCCGGAGGAGGCAGAGCCAGAACUUACAACCAGAUCCAGAGAGGACAGGAAAAUGGCCACCUGGGAUGAAAAGGCCAGCUCCCGCAGGGCCAAAGUGGCUCCAGCCAAGAGGAUGAGCAAGUUCUUGAAGCACUUCACUGUCGUUGGGGACGAUUACCAUGCCUGGAACAUCAACUACAAGAAAUGGGAGAAUGAGGAGGACGACGAGGAAGAGGAGCAGACACCACCAGCACCUGCCUCUGGCGAGGAGGGCAGAGCCCCCGACCCAGUGGCGGACCCUGUCCCCGUGCCCCGGCCCCCCCUCGACUUCAGGGCCACAUUGAGGAAGCUCUUCAGCUCCCACAGGUUUCAGGUUAUCAUCAUUUGCUUGGUCAUUCUGGAUGCCCUCCUGGUGCUUGCCGAGCUCAUUCUGGACCUCAAGAUCAUCGAGCUUGACAAAAACGACUAUGCCGCCAUGGUGUUCCACUACAUGAGCUUUGCCAUCUUGACCUUUUUUAUGAUGGAGAUUUUUUUUAAAUUAUUUGUCUUCCGCAUGGAGUUCUUUCACCACAAGUUUGAAAUCCUGGACGCCAUUGUGGUGGUGGUUUCCUUCAUCCUUGACUUUGUCCUCCUGUUCCGAAAGCACCAGUUUGAGGCUCUUGGCCUGCUGAUUCUGCUCCGGCUGUGGCGGGUGGCCCGGAUCAUCAACGGAAUAAUCAUCUCAGUUAAGACACGUUCAGAACGGCAACUGCUGAGGUUAAAACAGAUGAAUAUACAGUUGGCCGCCAAGAUCCAACACCUUGAAUUCAGCUGCUCUGAGAAGGAACGAGAAAUUGAAAGACUGAACAAGCUAUUGAGACAGCACGGACUUCUCGCUGAGGUCAACUAGACACGUGCCUGCUCCAUCCCAAAGAGAAGACCCUUGCCUCACAGGCUUGUGCCUCUGACGAGAAAGCCAGCUGCCCCCCCUGGGGCCGUUUGGGGGAGAGGUUUGGUUUGAUACCUUUGCCUCAGCCCCACCCAGCUCGGAUUCCCGGGGGCUGGGGGGAAAGUCUAUGGGAAGGCUCGCUCUCCCUUGGCGUGACCAAGAGCUUCCCAUCCCAUACUCAACCCAUAUCACAAUGUAUCACAAACUAUAUUUUCUCAUGUUGAACACUUGACUCUUGCUUGAAAAUGAAGGCAAAGCUGGACUACUAGUUGUAUAUAAAAUUUAAUCUCAUCAAAUGUACUUUUCACAUUUCGCAUGUAUGAGACACCAGUGUGCCCUUUCAUGAGCGUUCUGAAAGACAAAAGAAAAAAGGAAGCGACCUUAGCUACCAGCCCAUUCUAGAAAAGUCUUGUCUUCUCAAGCUGUUCUAAACAGUUCCUCUUCAUGCAUAUUCCCCCAGAGGUGGUUCUCAGCUCCUCUGCAGCCUCCAGCUUCUAACUGGCUCUAUCUUGUUCUGCCACCUGACAACAUUUUUCUCAAUUACUGUACAAUUAACGUAUAAAAGAAACUCCUUCCCUCGGGCCCUCCUACUCUAUUCUUUCCAGCAUCAACUGCGUGGAACUGCUCUGUGGCAUCCCAAACAGCCCACCAGAUGGAGAGCUCCAGUGCCUGCCACCGAAACAGCAGUUAGACCCAAGACUGUGUGGAAGGAAGAUGACACUGGGGGGAAGAUCCCCUCAUGCGGCCGAGUACUCUACUCGCAUGAUUUUAUAUACAAUCUUUUGCUAUUUUUGUAUUCAUCUCCAUGGGACCUGAAAAGGAAAGAAAACCUGAACUAUAAAUAAUGAGUAUUUUAAAAAUAACUCACACUGGAGCAGAGGACGCGUAAACUGGAUAAACCCUCAACACCUCCGUUACUUCCGGGUCUGUCCCCUUUACCAUCUUCCCAAAGACGCAGUUUGGUUUCUGCACAUGACCUACGUGCUGACAGUACUGGAAAUCACCAAGACCAGAUGGUGCCCCAUUCUAAGGUCAAACCAAGGAGAAUAAAAUUUCCAAAAGGAGGGGAGUGAGUGGAGAGGGGAAGUGUGUGGUCUGAGGGCAACCCCACAGGUCAGAGGUAGAAUACCGGGAUGUCUCCCAGGGAGCCCAGGCCCCACAGCACUCGCUUCUAGAGGCGAUGAACAACUUACGUCAAACAAACGGAAAGAAGAAAUUAAACGGCAGCUUGGCAUUGAUGGUUGGCCGAGCUCUGAAGCCUGCCUCCGCAGGUUCAGAUGCAUCCACAAAAGCAACCGCAGUGGAAAUGAGAACCGUCUGCUCAUUUCCUGAGUUGGUCUGUAAUAGAGAGAGAGCUGCAAGCCCUGCCUUCCAGGGUGCGCGCGUGUGCUCGGGAUAACAAAGCUGGGACAGGUGCGUUCCCUUCCUCAUGCGACCACCAUCAGUGCACCUCCUGCGGAGGGCUCCUCAGCCGCUCAGCUGGGAGAGUUUUUACCUGGGUCGUCCUAACCCACCAAAGUCGGUCACAACCCCAUCUUCAAAGAAUUUUAAAGAUCAAAUCUAAACAAGAAUGCUAGUGUCAAUUCAACUGUUGUCAGUGAAAAUGCCAAACUGUUUUAAGAACUCAGAUUAAAUUUCAAUAAUAAUCUUUUUCACAAAAUAAAUUUCACUAUCACACUUGA